AUUAAAACCAAUAUAAUUCCACGUUUUAUUUAAUAUAUUUUUAAAUUUUGUAAAAAUGCGUUUAGUUGUACUCUACGGUAGUCAAACAGGCACAGCACAAGAUUUAGCAGAACAAAUUUGGCGUGAAUCCAAAAGCUACGACUUCGCUGGACCGGUAUUACCUAUUGAUAAAUUUCCAAUCGAGCAAUUGAUCAAAGAAACCCUAAUUAUAUUUGUUGUAGCUACCACUGGAAAUGGCGAUGAGCCGGAUAACAUGAAAAAAACAUGGAAAUUCCUUUUGCGAAAAAGUUUACCUACAGAAUCUUUACAAGGUUUAACAUUUGCCUUACUAGGACUUGGUGAUUCUAGCUACGUCAAAUUUAACUUCGCCGCUAAAAAGUUAAAUAAACGCUUAUUACAAUUAGGAGCAAAAGCUUUAAUACCAAUUGGUUUGUGUGAUGAUCAACAUGAUCAUGGACCAAGUGCUGUUUCACUGCCGUGGAUAACAAAUUUGUGGAUGGAACUAGAAAAACUACAUUUUUUGAAACGAAAACAAAUUAACGAUCCUAUAUGCAAAUGGCAACUUAAAAUAUUAGAGAACCCUGCGGAAAUAAAUUUGGUCAAUGCAGAAAUACUUCGUUGGUCAAAUGAAGAGGAGUCACAAAUUUUUACACUAACAACUAAUCUUCGUACCACAAGUGAAGAUCAUUUCCAAGAUGUACGUCUACUUAGUUUUACAUACUCUAAGGAUGUGAAUUGGCAGCCAGGCGACGUUUUACAAUUGAGACCUUGCAACUCGGAUGCAAAUGUUAGCGCUUUUUUUGAGCUUAUAAAGGAACACAAUAUUAACUUUAAUGCGAACACCAUUAUAGAGCUUAAUACUAUUUAUGAAGAUAUGCCACUGCCAGAAAUUUAUGCACAACCUAUAAGUGUAGGUAUGUUAGCCAAGUAUGUAUGGGACUUAACUGCCAAACCAAGGCCACGUGCUUUUGAACUGCUCGCACUGAAUUGCGAGGAUGAAUUAGAAAAAGAAAAACUGGCAGAAUUCACUACUGCUGAAGGGCUUGAUAGUGUUAUUAGUUAUAUAAAUAGACCACGUCGCACCAUAUUAGAAGUUUUACAAGACUUUAGACAUGCUACCUCUAAACUUACACUGCCAAUAUUAUGUGAACUUUUUGGAACAAUACAAACACGAAGUUUUUCCAUAGCUUCCAUACCAGAAGAGAAGAAACUUGACAUAUUAGUAGCGAUUGUGGAAUAUAAAACUAUUUUAUCUACACCACGUUUAGGUUUAUGCUCAAAUUGGCUUAAAGCACUGGCAGUUGAUAGUAAAAUUGUAGGUACAAUAAAAUCGGGUACAAUGAGCCUACCAAAAAACAAGCAUACACCCAUUUUAAUGGUUGGCCCUGGUACGGGUAUUGCACCAUUCCGCAGUGUUAUACAAAGUCGCUUAAUUGCUCUAAAGGAAUACUCAACACUCGAUCCUAAGUUGGUUGUAUUUUUUGGUUGUCGAAAUAAAAGCAAAGAUUUUCAUUUUUCAACUGAAUUCGAAAAUUGGUUAACACGGAUGGUGAAAGUAUUUGUUGCGUUUUCACGUGACCAGGAAGAAAAAGUGUAUGUGCAACAUUUGAUUAAGCAGCAAAAAUCUUACCUCAAGGAGUUAAUAUUGAAUGAAGAAGCUAUUAUAUUAGUUGCGGGCUCAUCCAAUAAUAUGCCGAAGGCUGUGAAAGAAGCAUUUACUUUUGUUUUAGACGAAAAUUCAGAAUAUAUUGAACAAAUGAUCAAAAAUAGACGUUACCAGGAAGAGACUUGGUCAUAAGAAAUAAUGUUUUUUUUUUAUUAAAUU